AUGGAUCGCCAGGAGCUUGUAGAAAAUGCAUGCGACUUAGAAGGACAACCACUCUCUGGGAGAUCGAUUCACGACAUUGUUCAGUCCUACGCUGGAUGUACUCAGUUAGCGACAGUGAUUUCUGUGCCAAAUGCUUCUGAGGAUUUUAAGACCAAGUUUAUCUCGAAACACGAAAAGUACAUUGAUGUGAAUGGAAUAAAGGUCAGAGUGUGCCAUAAUGUCGAUAGAAUUGACUCUGACUCUUUGUUUCUCUGUAUUCCUGGUCUUGGAGGAAAUCUGGAACAGUUUGAACCGUUAGUAAGGUUGAUCGAUGCAAGUAAUAAAAACUUUUUAGCCAUUGAUUUGCCCGGAUUUGGCAAGAGUGAGGAUUAUUCGAAUUAUUCAAUGACCCACAUUGCAACAUUGAUAGAUCAGAUGCUGGAAACUGUAAUUGGAACUGCACCGGACAAUUACAAGAUAAACGUCAUGGGCCAUUCUAUGGGUACUCAUCUUGCUCUACAUUUUUACGAAUUAUUCAAUAAAAAAUAUACUGUUGAAAAAUUGAUAUUAGUUUCCCCUCCCAAGCCUCAAAUAGAUCAAUUAGCCAAGAAUAGGACAUUCAUCCAGUUUGGACUACGUACCCUUUUCAAAUUACCAUGGGUCUUUGAUUUCUACAGAGUUUGGCUUGAUCAAAGUAAAGGAUUACAAAGUUCUGGUAUUAAACAAUAUUUUCACAAUACAAAUGAAAAUGAAAACGAAAUUCUAUGCUAUAGGAAGCUGUGGCAGUUUCAUAAUAACAUACAAAUCAAAAGCAAGAGUCUUAUUGGUUACUUACUGGGUUGGGAGGCUAUAAAUUGGGAGGCCAUCAGAAAUGUAUUACGUAAAGAGGGGAACAAAACAUCUAUUUUUGUUUUUUGUGGGGAGAAUGAUUUAGUGACUUCAUUGAAAGAUGGCGAGGCAAUCGUGCAAAUGUUUGAAUCUGUCAAAACCUCCACAACGUUUGUACGUAUACCUGAAUGCUCACAUAAUAUUUGUUUUGAUCAGCCUGAAAAAUUUUGUGGAUUGUUUUUAGAUAAAGUUUUGAAGAUGUAA